UGGAUGGCUGGAUAUAAUGUGGCAGCCACUGUCCGCAAACCUGCACAACGGAGAGACGCCUGUCAUUUCCAGACUGCCGGUGGACCGGUUCGCCCUGGAGGUGCUUCAUAGAGAGGGCUCCGAGCACGUGGCCAGUCGCGGAGAGACCACGGGCACGCGCUGGACGGUGGCACGGCCACUGUGGGGCGCCGCGUACGAGCUCCUGCUGUGGGUGCAGAUUGCUGGCGUGCAGUUCCCCUGGGCUCAGUACAGCGUGCGCGCCAAACUCGGCUGUCCGGACGGCCAGCAGCGCUGCGCUGCCGACGGCGCAGUGUUCGAGCUGCCCGAUGUGCUGUUGUCGUCCUGGGACAGCGCAAACAAUACGCUGACGGCCAACUGGUCGAUGACAUCACAUGGCUGGCGCGUGCCUGAGUUUAUGUUCUCAGUGGUUGUCAGCGAAGCUGGGUCGGGGAUCACCAAUCAGAUAAUCAGCUCGUCAGUGACCGGGCGGGAUAUGCCCAACCUGGCCAGCGAUCAGGAUUAUGAGGUGUUCAUUACACCUGUGGUACCUGAGCUCACGUCGCCCCCAACCUUUCAUCGUAAAGUUGUGCUUGUUUCGACGUCUCCUGCUCAGUCGGCCGAGCUGUCUAAAAUCGUGGAGCAAGGAGGCAGCAGCUCAUCCUCUGUCGCAGCGGUGACCGCGGACGUAUCGCUGCGCGCCUGGCCGCGCUGGGCCGGCGACAUCGCCGUCCAGUGGCGGCCGGCCGUGCUGCGCGGGGAUGGCGGCGACCUGCCGGCCUCCGCCUACCGGCUGGUCGUGUCCGCCGACGGGCGCCAGCUGCGCUCCGACCUCGUGGACGGAGCACGCACCGCGGCCGUCUUCGAGUGGCGCUACACCGGCACCGUGGCAGCCGGCACCGAGUACCGCAUCCACGUGGAGUGCUCCUUCCCGACCAGAAACUUCUCCUGUGGCGCUGUCACCGUGACGCCUACGGCCCCGGAUGCCGCCACACCCACUGACUCCGGCUGGCUGGUGCUGGACGUGCCCGAGCCAGCCGGCUCCUGGGCAGAGGCCAGCAGCACGUGCCAGAGGCGCGGCGGCCACCUGGUGGCGGUCACCUCCGCGGACAGACAGCAGCAGCUGACCGACCUGCUCGAGAGGCGGGGGCUGUCGCAGGCCUGGAUCGGACUCAGCGUCUGCCCGCCUUUCACGGGCGCUUGGUCAGACGGAUCGCGCGCCCGGUUCGAAGACAUGGGCACGCCACCGCCCGCGGCGGCCGGCGAGUGUUGCGUCAAGCUGUUCCGCACGGAAGACGUGACCAGCGGCACGGUGCACUACCAGUGGAGGAUGGACAUGUGCCAGUCUGUGCUCCCACCCAUCUGCGCCUCCCGCGUCGAAGGAGAGCUGCUGAACCCGGUGGAGAACCUGACGGCCAGGUCCGAGUACCCUCUCAGCCUGGACCUGUCGUGGCAGCCGCGCAGUUCCGGGUGGGCGCCCAGUUCCUGUCUGAUUCAGGUGUGUCCCACUAGGGACCUGUCGCAGCGCGAAACGUCGCUGACGCUUCCCUGCACCAACUGGACCUCCUCAGACGGGCGCCAAGCUCACAUUUCCGGACUUCCGGGAUACCACGAGUUUCAAGUGACCGUCUGGAGCCAGCUGGCUUCGAUACAGUCCACGGAAGCCGCCUAUGUGACAGCUAGAUCACUGUCGCUGCUGCCGCUGAGUGUGGCCAUCUCCCGCUCCGGCCUGCUGACGGCCGUCUGGCAGCGGAAGGUCGUGGCCGGCGCCGGGGACCAGGCCGUCGACGUGGUCCUCCGGCGAAUGGAUGUGGCUGAGCCGCCGUCGCCCAGUGUGCAGGCCCUCUCGCAGGCUCUGGCCGCCGCCCAGCGGGCUGCGGAUCUGGAAGCUGACGGCGCGGCGAGCGCUGUCGGGGCGGCCACUGCCGAGUCGCUGAGUAGGCUGAGCACGGACCGAGCGCGGCGCCAGCCGUCCGACAACAUCCGCUGGUCGGGCCUGGAGUUGGGCGCCCGCUACCUGCUGGCGCUGUUCGACGCCGACUCCAACGACACCACCGACUACGUGGCAUUCAGCGCCGGGCCCACCUGUAUGUCCGGCGAGUAUCAGCUGGGCGCCCUCUGUUUCUGGCCGUCCCAGGAGGCGGCGACAUACUCAGAGGCUCUGUCCACGUGCGACACCAGCGGCGACGCCCGACCGGCCAGCGCCAGCCUGAGGGCUCGCCCGUGGGUGGCCCCCAUCGCCACCAGAGAGGAGUACCAGCUGGUCAAAAACAUCUCUCUCGUGCUGAACAAGAGCUUCUGGGUCGUCCAACGGGAGAAGCGACGUCGCCGCCGUGACUUGACCCGACGCUCAGAGCCCGGAGAUGUUGAGCUGCUACCCGGCUUCAAGGAGCCGCCCCCUGAGCCGACCUCGGACCCACUGGCCGAGCUGCUUUCUGAGGAUCUGGCGGUGAACACAGCCGAAGAGAACUUUACCGAAAUGGACGCCGCUGCAGAGUCCGACGUGGAGUUUUCCGAGCCGACAGUCCUAAAGCCAUGCACGUAUGUGCAGCAGGACCGCAGCGGCAUCCAGGCCUCCACGAGCAGCUGCGAUCAAGAAAUGCAGGCCAUGUGCAGCACCAACAUAACAGUAACGUUGCCAGAGUUCCGGGAGAGUGACCUCCGCAUCGAGCCGAGCAGCUCUCGCAUCCGCAUCGACUGGAUUGUGCCGGAGGCGUGGUCGGCCUCCUACCUGGUGACCGUGUACAAGCGCCCGCCGCCUACCCCCGGCGGCGCCGAGACAGGCGCCGCCAGGACCGGCCACGACGUUCGCAUCAAACGCGCCGCCACCAGCGACACCUACAAGUCACCACCAGUGGUGCUGGAAGAGCUGGACGAGAACGCCCUGUACGAGGUGACGAUAGUUCGUGACUCGGCUGGAAAACAGACCAUGGUGGGACCUAUCAUCAUUCGCGCUUUGGAUCCUCCGCGUCAGCCAUCAAUGUUCCCGGUGGACGAUGGACCGCGCAUGUGUUUGGCGCUCAGCUACGUCAUAGUGAUGGUGACCGGCCUGCUGGUCGCCAUUAUCCUGCUGCUGGCCAGAGUGCCCGUUCCCGAGGGCAUCUACCAGGUGACGGUGGCCAUCACGGUGUCGGUCGGGUAUCUGUUUGUGCUGCUGUCGCACGGCGGCCCGCUGUCGGCGGGCGGCACGGCCGGCUGCCGCGCGGCCGCCGCCAUCACCCACCUGGCCUUCUCGGUGGCACUGGCGGCCGUCCUGCUGCUGGCGCUGGCGCUGCCCGGCCUGCUGGGCGGCGCGGCCGGCCGCUUCCCCGGCAGACACGCCUGGGCGGUGCCGCUGCUGGCCGCCGGGCCGCAGACGGCCGUGGUCAUGCUGCUUAUCGCCGCCGCCGUCGACUCUCGCGGAUACGUGGACGCCGCCCCAGACGUGAGUCGGACGCCAUACCACCCCAGCGCGACUGGUUAA